GCCUUGACUCGUAUAUUACAUCGGUUUUGCAGUAGAGCUACAUACACCUUGCUUUCGCACGUCCUUCUAAUUUACAAUGAGCAACAAAAGUCCCGAAAUUGAGUUCAUUAACUUGAAUUACAUGGGUCAGAAAAAAGAUCGAGGCCCAGAUCAAAACGCUUUGGAAUCUUUGAAGAAACUGGCUAACAGUGCUUUGAAGAAAGGUCCGUUCUCUGUCACUUUUGAAAAGCAGCCUCAGCAUAUUGCAGCGAGCGGAGACCCCAGAGACUUCCUUAGCUAUGCACCCUAUUGGUGGCCGGAAAAUCAAAAUGGAAGAACUGUAUUUGUGAAAAGAGACGGAAAGAGAAACCCGGAUAUCAAGGAUGUCAAAGAUCAAAAGCAACUUGAGAACUAUGGUGACAGUGUUACAUAUCUGGCUCUCGCAUACUAUUUUUUCAACGACGACAAGUAUGCUCAGCAUGCAGCUAACCUGACUGGAACCUUCUUUGUGGACGAUAGAACAAAGAUGAAUCCACAUGUCAAUUAUGGACAAGUGGUUCGCGGCGAAGGCAAUCCUUCCGGAAUGGGACGUGGAGAAGGUAUCAUGUCAACACGCAUGCUGGCUCGUAUUGCCAAUGUUCUUCCACUUCUUGCAAACCAUCCUUCGUUCCGCGACUUGAACGGCCAUUUGCAUAACUGGUUUAAUGAUUAUCUGAACUGGCUUACCACAAGUGAUAUUGGCCGUCAAGAGUUAAACAUGCCAAACAAUCACCAUACUUGGGCUUUGGUACAAGUGGCCACCAUCCAAUACUAUCUUGGUCGUCAAGACGAUGUGCGACGCACCGUGGAGGGAUUUUUCUCCCAAAUGGCCCCUAGACAAGUAGUGGACAACGGAGAUCAACCCUUGGAAAGCUCCAGAACCAAGCCUUUCCACUACCUGAUUUUCAAUCUGCAUGCUAUGAUAUUUUUAGCUGAACUCGGAGCCGCAGUUAACUGUGAAUGCUAUGAAGCAGCUCAUAGGGCUAUCGAGAGAGCAACUGAUUAUGCGAUCCAAAAAGGUAGAGAGGAGCCUGCACCAAAGAACGAAGAUCGAGACUUGUUUCUAGCCAGUCGUUCAGUGCAGCUAGUCAGCAAUCAUCAUGGCGAUAAUGGUCGUUUUGCGGACUAUCUACAAGCCGCACGACAAUGUCCCGCAGCUGGAACUUACUCUGGCGAUAAGUGUGCUAUCGUCGAACUAUGGUCUCGUUAAACUCAUGUUUCGAUUACUUUGUCAUCUACUUUAACAUAGCAAAUAUUUGAUAAUAAAUAGUUGUGGGCUUUCUCCACCAUAUUA